CUCUCGGCUGGCCGGCCAGUCUCAGGGACGACUCCCUGCCACUGCAGGCCUCAGUGGGCUGUAGGAGGGCCAGAAACUCCCUCAUACCAGCAUGUUUUUAAAAAAUGCUUUCAAUUUAGACAUUUUUAAACAAGCCAGUGCCAGGAAGUGCUUUUCCUUCUGAGCCAAGAGAAAGAAGACACAUCUACUGGGAGCCUCUGAUUAACUGACUGAGAGAAAAUUCACCCACUUGCUGUCUGCUAAAUUUCUGUUUGUUUCUGCUUUGAGGUUCUUGGGUGCUCAGAAAGCUCUGAGCAGCCCAGUUGCAAAGGGACUGUGCUCUUUGGCUGGGAGGCCUCCUUUUCUCCUCUUCCCCUCCCAGGGCAGAAGCUGGAACUUGCCUGAGAGUCAAGGACAAGCCCAGCUCAUGGAAGUUAUCAUGCAGAUACCACUGGGAGCAUCCAACCAGACAAGUGCCACCUCCCUCCUGAAUGAUCCCCUGGGAGAGAGGAACAGCACCAACUCCACCAGGGCUCUGCAGCUGCUGGAGGGGAUGAGUGCGGCCUGGUACAUCCUCACCAUCAUCGGCUUCUUUGGAGUGAUUUUCCUCUUCCAGUUGGCCAGCAACAUCCUUAGGAAGAACGAUAAGUCUUUGGAAGAUAUUUAUUAUUCCAAUUUGACCUUUGAGCUCAAAAAGAAAGGGCUCCAGAGCAAGGUGGACAAAUAUUCCUCACUGAUCAUUAGCAAUACAGCUGUCCUGCAGCCUAUCCAGGCCAGCCUGGUGUCAAAGGGCGGAAACAGUGGGCCCCAAACUGGAGCCCAGGGGAGUCCUUGAAAGUCAAGCCAGCAGAUCUCCAAUGGGAGGCUCCAACCUCUUUUGAAGAAGGAGUAGUAGCUUUGGGUUUCCUGGAACCUGAAGAAAGGGGUUGAGCCCUUGAAUGGGGCUAAAAGAGCAUCAGCAUGCUAAGGGCACUUCUGACUGAUGGGCAGGGGGCCAGACACCAGUAGUUUAUAUUUCUGCAAGACUUUCUGACACUUUAGGGUGGGGAUAGCAGAAGCCAUACUUUCCUGUCCCUAGCAAACCCUGUGCUAUAGGGAAGGGUGUAUGCACCCAGUGUUCUCAGAGGAACCCAGGAUACUCUAAGGAAACAGGUGGGUUCUUGCCAUGGAAAGAAGGCGGAAUUGGAGUGAAAUGCUCUAGAUUAAAAUUCAACUUCUAGAGAGAGGUCACAUAAAGUUUAAGUGGCUGGUUGCUCACCUGGAACCUUUAGAAGUUGGGAUAGAUGGAACCAAAGGACCAUUGAAUUUUGAAGAGCCAGUGUUUUUUGUUGUUGUUUUUGUUUUUGGUACCAGGGAUCGAACUCAGG